UUUGAAGAAUCCAUUAGGCAAAAACAAAAAAUAAAAUUAGGAGCUAUUUUCAGAGAUUUGAAUCUUUUCAAAGUUGACAAAAAAAUAUUUGCUACAUUUAUUUUUCAACAAUAAGACUUAAUGUACGCUUUCAAAUUGUAAUUUUAUUUUUAAAAUGAAUAUUUGCAUAUGAAUCUGAUUAAAGUCGAUGAAACGUAUUCAAUCAAUUUGAUCGGGAACUGAACAUAUCUUAUGGACCACCUAACGUCAACGAGUUUUUGACCAGCAAUUUAUACACCUAAUUAAUAACCAUAAGGCACAAAUUCAAUGAAAAUUCACCAACAUUCCAAUCAUGAAACCCAUCCGGAUUUCUUCUUCACGUACUCCUAUUUACUUUCAUACAGUAUAGUCAAAUGAUUGAAAGAUUUUAUGAAAAACAAAGGCAACACAAAAAAUAAUUUCGGCGGUAUAGUUAAAGAACACGCGGCGAAGAAGCACGGCACUCCGACGUUCAAAUUAUACGUCAGCUAAUAUAGUCAGACACGUGGCAUGUCACCAAAGAAAGAAGAGCAUACGUAUGACGUUAGAUUGUCCCUGAGUCACCACGUCGAACACCCACGUGGCAGCACAAGCAAAACCACCUCCGAAUCAAAUCGCAACCAUAUAUAGAGCGAGCUACUAUAGUCUUCUUCGUAUCAUCAUCAAGUCGUUGUGAGUUUGUUUGGUUUUUACUGUCUAGCGUUUUAAUAAACUUUUGUUGCAAGUAAGUAAAGAGCCAUGGCGUCUCAGCAAGAGAAGAAGCAGCUGGACGAGAGAGCAAAGAAGGGAGAGACCGUCGUGCCAGGUGGCACUGGAGGCAAAAGCUUCGAAGCUCAACAACAUCUCGCUGAAGGGAGGAGCCGAGGAGGGCAAACUCGAAAGGAGCAGUUAGGAACUGAAGGAUACCAGGAGAUGGGACGUAAAGGUGGUCUUAGUACCGGAGACAAGCCUGGUGGUGAAAACGCUGAGGAUGAAGGAGUCGAGAUAGACGAAUCCAAAUUCAGGACCAAGACCUAAAUCGAACUCCCCACGGAUGUAAGAUUAAUCUGGUUUACAUCUUUUCAUGUAGUUAUAUGUUGGGUUUAGUUUCUUGUCGUACGUAAGUUCUUUAGUUUACGGGAUGAUGAUGACCAUGUGUAUGUUUUCGUCUACGUACGUAAAGUGUUUCGUUUGUGUUCCAGUACC